AAUGUGGGCAUUUCCCGUUUCCCUCUGCAUUGUCUGUCCCCAUUACCCCCCAAAGCCCCACUCCUCCCUUUACCUAGGCCCUUUCUACCUCGACCCUUCAAACCUGUUUUCCAAAAAGAGUUAAAAGCUGCCUGUGUGCUUCAGAGGCUUUUCAGAAAGCCCAAGUUUAAACUACAUGACUCUGUUUCCCAGCUGCCUGCACCUCAAAACGUGAAGAUUCACCUGUACAAUACCAAGCAGGUUCUGAGUUGGGACGCGGUGUCCCUGGGCAAUGACACGAGGCCAGUGGUCUACCAGGUGCAGUUCAAACACUCCCGUAAUGAGUGGUUGAACGUCAUCAAAGAUGUGAAUUGUUCGAGGAUCACCUUGACAGUGUGUAACUUCACCCCAACCAGCCACUUGAAGGGUUUCCCACUAUAUUUCAACGUCUCUUUACGUGUCCGAGCUGAACUGGAAGAUCGCGUUUCUGACUGGGUGACAGUGCCUUGGUUCCAACACUAUCUGAAUGCUACCAUCGGGCCUCCAGAAAACAUCCAGGUGACCCCAGGAGACAGAUCCCUUAUCAUCAGGCUCUCCCCUCCCUUUGAAGUCAAUGCCCCCAAGGCCACUUUUUCAUACUAUGUCCAUUACUGGGAAAGGGAAGGAAUCAAACAGGUUAAAGGCCCUUUCAAAAGGAACACCAUUGUGUUGAAGGAUUUAAAACCCUUAAGAGAAUACUGUUUACAAGUCAAGGCAGAACUGUCUGGGACAGAGCUAAAUCUCUCUAGACUUGGGCGUUUAAGCAACGAAACUUGUCACGAAACGACAGUAGAUGCCUCCCCCAAGCCUGAACAAAUCAUCUUGAUUGCUGUGGGAACCUUUUUGUUGCUGUCAGUGCUGGCUGGGGGCUGUCUCUUCCUGGUCCUGAAAUACAGAAGCCUGAUUAAAUACUGGUUUCAGUCUCCACCAAACAUCCCAUUACAAAUAGAAGAGUAUUUAAAGGACCCGGCUCAGCCUAUUUUAGAGGCUUUGGACAAGGACAGCUCGCCAAAGGAUGAUGCCUGGGACUGUGUGUCCAUCAUUUCAUUUCCGGAGAAGGAGUGAGGAGAUGAUCUCCAGAGCACUUUGAUUCAAAGCACUGGUCCCAUCCGCCACGCCGUGGGAAGAGGUCUUGGAGCCAGUGAAACUGCUGCUCUUCUUGUGAGGACUCUUUGGAGCCCAGGACUCCAUAAUUCCACAGCAAAACGGGCCUUUGGCACCUGGGGAGAAGUAGAGGGUCUCCUGACAAGCUUUUUUUUUUUUUUCUUUAUGAGUUUUCUAAUUAUACACCUUGCUAGAAUGAUUCCAUAGAAAUAUCUCCGAAAAAUUAAGGUUUCUCUUAAACACUAAAAAGGCAUGCAAUUAUUUGUUAACAAAAUGGUUCUGGCAUACCUCUGAUAUUCUGUUCAUCGCUAGCUGGACUCGGCAGUGAGGAGACUGGGUCCUCUCCUUGACUCUGGGAAGUGAGCCAUGGCCCCUGGGUAGGUCACAUAACCUGUCUCAGCCUGUCCCUACAAGGGACACUGAGUGGCCCUUCACAUCCAAUCUCCUGGCUUGAAAUGUGGUUAAUCCUGUAAAUAUUUCCCUAGUAAUUUAAAAUUUUUCCCCCCAAGCUAGGAAUAAAAGACUGUAUAGUAAACUUUUUAAAAGUC